AUGGCUGAACCAAAAAUACAUCCAAUUUUAUUAGCUAGUAAAAAUUACGAUUUUGCAGAUCGUUAUGAACAUUUCUUUCCUUUGAAAAACAAAGUUGAUUUAUAUCACAUUGAAUCAAUAAUAUUGAGUGACACUGACCUCAAGUGUAAAUUGGUAAUUUUACUAAUCAUUAACAUUAAUACCAAAAUAUAAUUAUUACAAUAAAAUAUUAUUAUGUGUUUAAGGUAGAAGGGGUAUUCAUUUGAGGGUAUGCAAGAUUAAAAAGAGCUGAUACUGAGGAUGGGAACGACCACUGUUGUAGGUGAGAAGUUGGGAAUACAGGAUACAUAAGAAUAUUUCAUUUAUAUCUGAUUAAGAUCUUUCGUCAGCAAUGGUUUAUCGUCGAAAAAGUCGUCCGAUGAUUUUGAAAAUUUUACCACAUCUAGGUAAGUCCAAUAUAAGUAUUAUUACCAAGUUUCAAGUCUUUACAUUUAUUUAUAACUGAAUUACAGCAAAAAAAUGAAAAAUCUUUACUAGCUCAAAAAUGUUGGCGAUGAUACUGUAAUAAAGUAAAUCAAAAAGGCAACAAAAAAGGUAUCUUGUGAUUUUUUAAUUAAAUAUUUUUUCUGGUAGAAAACUUCGUCCAUGUUUUUAUAAAAUAAUGAAAUCGUGACAUUGUGUGUUUUCUCACUUAAGUGUUUUUAUUUAAAAAAUGGGGUUCAAAAUCAAAAAGUGACUUUUUCAAUGUACAAUCUAGACAACUUGAGCUUUCAGGAAAGUUACUGAAUGUAAAAAAUGGAGCAAAUUUACUAGAAAAAAAAUAAACAUCUUAGUAAAACCAAUUGCUCCCUCGCUACGCUCUGGAUCUAAAAUUGAUUAUAAGACGCGUUUAAAUAAUUGUUUUUAAACAGGAAUUAGGAAUUUCUUUUACUGGAAGAAAAAUAAAAAACCACAAUGAUAAAUUAGCAUUAAAGAUGACAUUGUAAAAAUUAAUCUAUGGUAAUUUAAAAUUGUGUAUUUCUGUAACAUGCCUAUUAUUAUUGUUGUAAUAUUAAGAGUAUAAAUGCAAAUGUAGACAAACUAUUACUUUUACUUGGGAAUGAAAAAAAUAUUUAUAAACCAGAUAUAGUUAUACUUGUAUUAACUGAAACACAGCAUGAUACAUAUUCUUGUAAUAUAUUUUUACUAGGGUAUGAUAGGUACUUUUAAAAAAUAAAAAUAAAACAAAAUGAUAGUGUUAUAGUUUUAUUUAAGAAUAAUUUAUGUUUAGAUUUUUUGAGUUUGAUAUAAUAGAGACCAAUAUUCUAAAAUAUAGUCUUAUAAUUUGAUUCUUUAUAUAUAGAUUGUCAUUUAUGGAUUCUAUUCUUAAGAAUAUAUUAUUAAAUUUAAAAAAAUGAUCAUAGCUUUAUAGUAGUUCUAGAUAACAUGAAUAUAAAUAUAGUAGGAACACAUUCAGUUGAUUGUGAAUAUUUAGAUAUUUUAUCUAUGUGUGGUUUCAAAUCUUAUAUUAAUGUAUAUACAAGGACACCUUUAAAUUCUAAGCAUUCAAUUCAUGUUUAGACCAUAUUUUUGUAAAUAAAAAAUAGUAAACUAGUAGAUAAUUUUGAGGUUUAUAUCCCAAUAUUGAUAUAAAUAUGAAUCAAUCAACUUAAGUAAAUUAGUAAACAAAUCGAAGGCUGAAAUUUGGUCAGAUUUAUACAAUACAGAUAGUGUAAAUAAAUGUUAUGAUGUUUUUGAUGACAAAUUAAAUAAUGCUAUUUCCUCGGCAACAGAAGUUAAAAAUAUAAGUUCUAAGAAUAAAGGAAUGGACGACUGCAAGGCUACUAUGCUCGGCUCGGCGAAAAAAAUUAAAUUACAAUGA